CAGACUCACGGACUUCGGUCUUUGUGACCAUUUGUGACCAGAGGCCUGCCUAUCCCUUUACCACUGCCAGGCCAGGUCUCUGCUGUCCUUAUUUUUAGUCGACUCUGUUGGGUUUUGGUGAUUCAGCUAUUCACAUCCGAAAGGGGCCCAUGACAUCUCGGCCUCUGCUUCGCUCCUUUCGUCAACCGAUUCGGUGUUAUUCAAAACAGACCUCCUUCUCCCCUCAUCUCUGGGAAGAAGCCUCCCAAUCCAUUGACUCACCACCGGCGCCUCCGCCACCAGAUGUACCCUCUUCUGACGCGUCGGAGGCCCCACCCCCCAUCCCUAGUCUUUCCCUAGCACCUAUACAGUUGCCUCACUCCUCCAAGAAUCAAGUAAAUCCUCGUCUUCUUAACCCAUUCCACACCCAUGCUUUCUAUAAGAAAUUGGAGAAAGAGUUUAGUCCUCCUAUUGCGCAUGUACUGAUGCGCGCGACACGCGGUUCGCUGAUUGACAAAAUAUCAAAGGCACGGAGGGUGCAUGUAGACGUGUUAGAAGGAGAGAACCAACAAUACUUGUACCGAGCCGCACUAUCCGAACUCCGGACGGAAGUAUCGAUGAGGACUAGGAAUGAAUCGAUUGCUCUUCAAACAUCCGUGGCGAGUAUCAAGAAGGAAGUGGAGUCCUUGGCGUCUAAAAUGAAGGGGGACCUUGAUAAACUAAAAGACGAUGUCCAAAUGGAUAUGGAUAAUAGAAAAAAUGAAGUGAAUAUCGAGAAGAAAAAAGCAUCGAUUGCAAUUGAAGAGCUACAUCAUAAGGCGAUAGUACAAGUGUCUGAUGUCAGAACGGAGAUCGAACAAGCGAAAUGGGAUAACACAAGACGGGGCGUUCUGAUCAUUGGAUCGUUUGUCUUAUUCGCAAUGGCAUCAUGGGAAGUGGCUCCCAAGCCAGAAAAGACAGUCAAGAAAUCCAAUCCACCUAAGGAUGAAGGCGACGCUAAUGCGAGUCUCAGCCAUGCCGAUAAACAAUCGAGUGAUGUCGGUGCUCAGACUUCUAGUUCUGUUAGAUGAACCUAAUGAUCUCACGAUAUAAUUUAACCACCAUGCAAGCUCAUCUGUGUUUCGAUGUGCCAGCUGCACUUCCGGAACAGGUCGUAAGUAUGGCAAUCAUGCAAACUUGAGAAUGAUCCACCCUAGUUUGGUCUGUUGAAUCGGCUCCUCUAGCUGGGAGUACCUUCCCUGCACAUCGUGGGCGUGACUACUGUUCAUGCCUGCAUGUAAAAAAAAAUCCUAAAUACACAUCGCAUCAUGCUUGACCCGAUACUAACUAAGCGGCAUCGACUUACUGAUACCCUAUUCAAUACGGCCGUGCAACUGCAGAGAUGCUGUCGUAUACUCUCCGAGUAGUUAAUCUUAAUAGUGUUCAAUAGGUGUU